AUGAAAACCACCACCUUCAGCAUUCUAUCCUCUUUGGCUGCUGGCGCGGCUGCUACUCACUAUCGACGCGGCACUAUUGCCAGUGACGAGAUUGUAGGCUUUUCCGAGACUGUUCCAAGCGGCACUACUGGCGAUGUCUAUCUCGCGUACCAGCCCUAUCUGUAUGUGGUGAACGGAUGCGUUCCGUUUCCAGGAGUCGAUGCAGAUGGAAAUACCAACGCUGGCCUCGCACCCACAGGUGCUAGUAACGGCGACUGCUCCAGUAGCACUGGUCAAAUAUACGUCCGCAGUGACACAUACAACGAUUACUAUGUCCUGAUGUACUCUUGGUACAUGCCAAAGGACGAACCCUCGGACGGCCUGGGGCAUCGCCAUGACUGGGAAGGAGUCAUUGUCUGGUUGUCGUCUGCGAGUUCAACCGACGCCAGCAAUGUUGUGGCUGUCUGCCCUUCUGCCCAUGGCGACUGGGACUGCACCACGUCGAGCUACACUCUGUCAGACUCUCACCCGCUGAUCAAGUAUGAGAGCAUCUGGCCAGUGGACCACUCGUGCGGGCUCACUACAACUGUCGGUGGAACGCAGCCCUUGAUUGCGUGGGAGUCUUUGCCGACUGUUGCUCAAACAGCCCUCGAUACCACAGACUUUGGGUCAGCCAACGUGCCUUUCAACGAAGACCAUUUUACCUCUAAUCUUGCUGCCGCUACUUUUUGA